AUGGAAUUAGUCCCGUACACAGACCCAAAUUCGAAACAAGAUUCCCUUCCAUGGCAAGACAUGUUUAGAUCCGCCUCAUACCGUAGUCCUUCCACCACCCCAUCCCCACCACCACCCUCACAAUCCCACGCGCCACCCCCCAACGCAUCCAAUGACGACCCUCAUCAUAAUAAUAAAACUACCUUCUCAGGUGAUCCCCAGGUACGCCUUGCUCUUUACAUAGCCAUGGCCCAUGCUGGUCUUGCUCUAGCUAUCUUCAUUCUUUAUUUUGUUUGCAAGCUUUUGCAAGAGUAUUUGAGGCCUAUUCAAUGGGCUAUUUUGUGUUCUAUUCCUUUGAGAGGGAUACAACGGACCCUUGUUGCUUUUUGGAGUGAGCCUCUUCAGUUAGGCCUCACUGAGACUGUUCUCGCGGUUCCUGUUUCUAUUUUUACGGUUUUUGUAGGCACCCUUGUUGAUAUUAAGGAGGUCUGUUUAAGGGUUUUUCUUAAAAAGUCAAAAAGAGAUACUUUGAGGAGACAUAGAAGUGGUUUUUCUAAGUUAUUAAGGUGGUUGCUGUCAUUUGGUGUCUUUGUGAUUGCCUAUGAGAGAAUUGGUGGCAUGGGCUCACUCUUGAUUCUUGCUUCAGGCUUCUUCUGCAGUACCAAAACUGUAAAUUCUACAUUUUCCGCUGUCUCUACUCUUAGGAAUAAUAGUUUUAGGCGUAGUUCGAUUACCCCAUUUUUCACAAGACGCGUAUUGAAGAGGUUGAAAACCAUUGUGGCAAUUGGAUUGAUUGUUGGCAUGAUUGUGGGGUCUUUGGCUGGAUUGAUAUUCUUCUCUUAUAAGAUCGGUGUUGAAGGGAAAGACGCUGUCAUUUCAUUGAAGUCACAUGUGGAAGAGAGUAAUUAUGCAGAGAAGCUGGGCAUCAAGCAGUGGAUGGCCGAGAAUGAUGUUUCUGGAAUGGUAGAUAAGUACACCACAACGUUCUAUGAAACAGUGUUUGACCAGAUAGAUAGUUUAGCAAUGCAGUAUAAUAUGACUGAGUUUGUUACUGGGAUCAAGGAUUUUGUCAUUACUCCUCCGGUUAAUUCUUCUCAGCAAUCAGUGGCGUUGAUGAGCCCAUCUCCCUAUACGGAGAAGAUAUUGAGUUUAAGAAAGAAAGUUCGCAAUCGGGAAUGGGGAGAAAUUUAUACAGAACUGGACGCAAUCUUUAGGGAAUUGAUAAUCACUCGAGAAGAUCUGGUUGAAAAGGCAAAGGGGUUUGCUGUUCAGGGGAUGGAGGUGUCACAGCGUGUGUUUGCUAGUAGUGCAUCUGUUUUGGGUGGUGGCGCUAAGCUCAUGCUGUCCAUUGGAAACUCUGUCAUUUCUGGAGCAGCAGAAGUUUUCAAUUUUGUAUCUCAAUCGGUGAUAUUCUUCUGGGUUUUGUAUUAUCUAAUUACAUCAGAGUCUGGUGGGGUGACUGAACAAUUGAUGGGUAUGCUUCCCAUUCCAAAAUCAGCUAGGAUUAGAUGUGUUGAGGUUCUUGAUACGGCUAUUUCCGGAGUUCUCCUAGCUACAGCAGAGAUUGCAUUCUUCCACGGAUGUCUUACAUGGCUUUUGUUUAGACUGUACAAUAUACACUUCUUGUAUGUGACGACCAUACUUGCGUUUAUCAGCCCCCUUUUUCCCAUAUUUCCACCUAUGUUUGCAACAAUUCCAGCUGCUCUGCAAUUGGUGGUGGAAGGUAGAUACAUACUGGCUGUUAGCUUGUCCAUUAUUCACAUUGUGCUCAUGGAUUAUGGUGCAACUGAAAUUCAGGAGGAUAUACCUGGUUAUAAUGCAUAUCUUACUGGGCUGAGCAUCAUUGGUGGAAUGACACUGUUCCCAUCUGCAAUAGAGGGAGCAAUCAUGGGCCCGUUGAUAACAACUGUUGUAAUCGGUCUCAAGGAUUUAUACGUUGAAUUUGUUCUCGGAGAACCAAAGAAAACCAAUUAG